GUUAUGUGGCAGUUGACGUUUACAGUAUAUCACUGUCAAUCAAGAUAUGAUCAGUUCCUUUGCUUUAACCCCUUUUGUGCCAUGGAGGGUGGCAAGCCUAAAUCUUUACUCCUUUUAACCAAACAUAAUUGCAUCAGGUUUUUGUUGUUGUUAUGUGAAGUGACACUUCAUGCAAAUAUGUUGCUCAAUGUCAUGCUUAAAACACACAAACACAUGCACCUAACUGCCCCUCAUUAUGACAGUUAAGAUCUCUCUUAAAGGAAAUCACAAACAAACUCAGCUGCCCGCUAAGUAUGCCAACUCCUUAGUGAUUUAACAGAGAACAACUUCCCGCCCAACCAUUGGCUCCACCCAACCAGAGCAUGUGUCUCAUUUUUUAUCUGAGGAACUACUGAGGAAGGAGUGGCCACAUUCUUAAAACAACACUACAGAGUGCUAUUAGACCGGUCCACAAUACUGAGGUGGAGGGAGCAGUGAGUGAGAGAGAGAGUGUGUGAGUCAGACUGGGAGAACGAAUGGCAGGAAAGAGUUGCAACAUUCUGAUCACCGGGGCCAACCGUGGCCUGGGGCUGGAGAUGGUCAAACAGCUGGCGGAGAAGCCGAUUCCUAACCGGAAGAUCUUUGCCUGUUGCCGUGAUCCCAGCGCCCCCAAAGCCCAGAGUCUGCAGGAGCUGGCCAAGAAACACCUUGGAGUCAUUCAUGUUAUUCACCUUGAUGUUAAUGACCUGUCCAGCAUUCAGGAGUCUGCCAAGAAGGUUGGCUCAAUCGUAGGGAAGGAUGGACUCAACCUGCUGGUGAACAAUGCUGGUGUGCUUCCAUGGGACAACACAGAAACCCUUAAACUCAAAGACUUGCAGGACACCUUAAAUACCAACGUUGUUGGAACCAUGAUGGUUACUAAGGAGUUCCUGCCAUAUCUGCGUGAAGGGGCAAAGAGCAGUGGGAAAGCAGGGAUGUCCUGUUGCAAGGCAGCUGUGAUGAAUAUCUCCUCAUCAGGAGCCAGCAUAGCGAGAGCCCCUGAAGAUAUCCCCCGCUUCCCAGUUGUGACUAUUUCAUAUCGUAUAAGCAAGGCAGCUUUAAACAUGAUGACAGUGUGCCAAGCACAGGAAUUCAAGGAAGACGGCAUUCUGUUUGCACUCCUGAACCCAGGAUGGGUGCGCACUGACAUGGGGGGCCCAGACGGGGAGAUGGAUGCCUCGGAGAGUGUCAGUAGUAUGCUGCGCGUCAUGGAGUCCUUGACUGAGAAGAAUAAUGGAGCUUUUCUGGACUACAAAGGAGAAACUCUGCCCUGGUGAAAAUGAAGGAGUACCAUUCUACAUGCCAGCAUUUCAUGUCACUUAUGGGCUGUGUCUGAAUCAUAAGUACACACGCUGGGAAGCGUGCAUAUUCCGGAAGUUAGUUACGUCAGAAUAGACUGUAGGAAAGUCAAGCGCUCUCACUAGAUGGGUACUUCGUUUGGCGUGAUUUCCAAGCGUGCAUCAAUGCAUCUUUUUUGGCCUCAGAUAUAUCCCAUAAUCCAUUGCGCAGCGCAGGUCAACCUCCACGUGUUUUGCAAAUCGUCAAGCAACACACCCCCCUCCCCGAGUCAGGUGACGCCAUGAUUCCUUAAGUUGGCACUUUUUCUGUCUGAUGCACUCCGACAUGUCCAGCAUUCAAGAGUCUGUCAUGGACCUUUUGUGCACUGGUGCACAGUCAUGUUGGAGCAGGAACAGGCUUGGUCCUUUAGUUCCAGUGAAAGGAACUCUGAAUGUUUCAUUUUAAAACAAAGUUUUUUUUUUUUUUUUACAAUUCCAUGCUCCCAACUUAGUGGGAAGAGUUUGGGGAUGGCCCCUUCCUGUUCCAACAUGACUGUGCACCAGUGCACAAAACAAGGUCCAUAAAGACAUGGAUGACAGAUUUGUAGAGGAUGAACUGGCCUACACAGAGUCCUGACCUCAACCCAAUAGAACAAAUUUGGGAUGAAUUAGAGUGAAGACUGAGAGCCAGUGUCCUCAUUCAACACCAGUGUGUGACCUCACAAAUGUGCUUCUGUAAGGAUGGUCGAAAAAUUCCAUAAACACCUAAACCUUGUGGAAAGCCUUCCCAGAAGAGUUGAAGCUGUUAUAGCUGCAAAGGGUGGACAGACGUCAUAUUAAACCCUAUGGAUUAAGAAUGGGAUGUGACUGAAGUUUAUAUGUGAGUCAAGGCAGGUGAGAAAAAACUUUUGGCAAUAUCUUGGGUGGAAACAUGAUUCCUCUGGAUGGGCAAGACUCAUUUCUGGGUGACCCAACCCAGUCCACCUGUAGACACAACUUUGAUUGUGCUUUUUGGGAGGCCUGUGCUAGCUAAGUGAUUGCAGUAA